AGUUCUGGAUAAAGCAAAGAAAUAUGCAGACAACCACCACCACUACAAUAAAUCUUCCUCAUCAUCAUCAUCAUCUUUCACCGACACAGAACAAACCCACUUCCAAAUUAUCCCAGAAAACAGUCCUAGGCCUCCUAAAUACUACAUGCUUUACUUCACUGCAAAAUCUUAAGCAACUCCAUGCUGUGAUAUUGAGGAGCGGCCAUUUUCAAGACCAUUAUAUUUCUGGCACCUUAGUGAAAUGCUAUGCUAAUCACCGUUUCAGCAAUCUGGACUUAGCCUUUAAGGUCUUUGAUCAUGUCCCUAAUCCCAAUGUUUUUGUGUAUAACAUUAUUAUAAAGGGUUGCUUAGACAAUAAUAAACCAUUUAAGGCCACGUCUUGUUACUAUGAGAUGGUAUCUGCAAAUUCAAGGCCUAAUAAGUUCACUUAUCCUACUCUGUUGAAGGCUUGUGGGAUUGCAGAAGCAACCAAAGAAGGCGUGCAAGUGCAUGCUCAUGUGAUUAAACAAGGGCUUAGUGGAGAUGGGCAUAUAAGAAGUUCUGGGAUUCAAAUGUAUGCAACUUUUGGUCAUAUGGUGGAGGCUAGGAGAAUGCUAGAUGAGGAUGGAGAAUCGGAUGUUAUUUGUUUUAAUGUGAUGAUUGAUGGGUAUUUGAAGUGCGGAGAUGUGGAUUCAGCUAAAGAAUUGUUUGAAAAAAUGGAGGAUAGAAGUAUUGGUUCUUGGAAUGCAAUGGUAUCUGGUUUGGCUAAGUGUGGGAUGGUUAAAGAAGCAAGGGAGUUGUUUGAUGAUAUGAGUGAAAAGGAUGAGAUAUCCUGGAGUGCUAUGAUUGAUGGUUAUAUCAAAGGAGGGUAUUAUAAGGAGGCACUGGAAGUAUUUAAUGUGAUGCAAAGAGAAGAAAUUAGGCCAAGGAAAUUUGUUUUGUCAAGUGUUCUAGCUGCAUGUGCUAAUGUGGGGGCUCUUGAUCAAGGAAGAUGGAUUCAUGCUUAUGUGAAGAAGAAUCCUGAUUUUUUGGAUGCAGUCUUAGGAACUGCUCUGGUGGAUAUGUACAUGAAAUGCGGGCGGUUCGACAUGGCUUGGGAUGUUUUCGAGACUUUGAAAGAGAAAGAAGUCUUCACUUGGAAUGCUAUGAUUUGUGGGCUAGCUAUGCAUGGUAGAGCAGAGGAUGCAAUUGAGCUUUUCUUUAAGAUGCAAAGAGAGAAGUUCAGGCCAAAUAGGAUCACCUUUGUGGGUAUAUUGAAUGCUUGUGCACAUAAAGGAUUGGUAGAUGAGGGUCUAAAGAUAUUGGAAUCCAUGGAGAAAGUUUAUGAUAUUGAGCCUGAGAUGGAGCAUUAUGGCUGUGUAGUUGAUCUCCUAGGAAAAGCAGGGCUCUUGGCAGAGGCAGAGGAGCUCAUAUUUUCAAUGCCAAUGGAACCAAAUGCUGCUGUUUGGGGAGCACUGUUAGGUGCUUGUAGGAUACAUGGAAAUUCAGAAUUAGGUGAAAGAGUAGGGAAGAUUUUGACGCAGUUGGAGCCACAAAAUAGUGGUCGAUAUGCAUUAUUAUCAAACAUCUAUGCGAAGGCCGGGAGAUGGGAUGAUGUUGCAAAUGUGAGGAAACUGAUGAAGGAAAGAGGAGUCAAGACCAUUCCUGGAACUAGCAUGAUUGAUUUAAAUGGUGUGGUUCAUGAGUUCAAAAUGGGUGAUGGGUCACAUCCAGAUAUGAAGGAAGUCUACUUGAUGUUGAAAAAUAUGAUUGAGAGGAUAGAAACGGAAGGCUAUUUGCCAAAUACCUCUCAGGCUUGUUUUGACAUUGAGGAGGAAGAGAAGGAAACUGCAUUGCGACACCACAGUGAAAAGCUCGCAAUUACUUUUGGAUUGAUCAACACAAAGCCAGGAACAACCAUUCGUAUAGUGAAGAAUCUAAGGAUGUGUGAGGACUGCCAUUCUGCUGUCAAGCUUAUCUCUCAAGUUUACAACCGAGAGAUUAUUGUAAGGGACCGCGCUCGUUACCAUCAUUUCAGCAAUGGAUCAUGUUCCUGCAAGAACUUUUGGUGAGUUCUGGAAAUGGGAUAAGUCAACAAAGAGUAUGAAGAGGAAUCAUAUAGGAAAACAGAAAUUAAUGCAAUGAGGAAAGAACAAUCUCAUGAUUGGAGAUAAGACAUUGCAGUUCCAUUUCCUACUACAGGUUUAGAUAAAAUUGUUAACAUUUUUAAUUGUCAAUCAAAUUGUACAAAGUUUCC